AUGCCACCACAAAGUGCUCCAACACGACGAGGCAGACCUCGAAGUGAAUCCACAAGGGAUCAAAAUCAAGGACAUGGACAGACGCCUUACGUGUUACUUAAACCUGAAGCGUUACGAAUACUAAUACAAAAUAUGAGUAAUGGAAACACAACCUCGUCCACCACACCAACAACCAAUGAUACAAAUGACUUGAAGAUCAUUCGAGAAUUUAGGAAGUUCAAUCCUUCAACAUUUGAUGGAUCAUCUGUGGAUCCAAUUAUAGCAGAGAAUUGGAUAACAGAAAUAAAAACUAUUUUCCGCCAUAUGAACAUCCCAAAAGAACAAAAAGUAAAUUGUGCCACCUUCAUGUUAAGAGGCGAUGCAAAGUUCUGGUGGGAAUCCACACAAAGAACAAUAAAAGUGAACACAGAAGAGAAGAAGGUGGAAAGGUUUAUUUGGAGAUUAAGAGAAGGCAUUCGAGGCAUUGUUACUGCUUUUCGACACAAAGAGUAUGCUCUUGCCCUCGAGUUGGCCUUACUCAUGGAAACGGGUCACUAUGCAAAGGCUUGCCCAAAGCUCAUCAACCAAGCAUCAACUGCCCAAACCACCCAGCCUACUAGUAACAAGGUUACCCAACAACAGAAAGGACGGGUGUUUGUUGUUACACAUCAAGAGGCAGAGGAUCAAGAUGCAGUUGUUACAAGUAUGGACUGGUUAGCAGCAAACUAUGCAAGCAUAGAUUGCCAUAAUAAAGAGGUCAUAUUCAACUUUCCAACAGGAACCAAGUUUAAGUUUAAGCGUUCUAAUACACAAUCAGCCCCAAGAAUAAUUUCAGCCUUAAAAACUAAACAUUUGCUCAACCAUGGGGCUUGGACAUAUUUAGCAAGUGUAGUGGAUUUACGAGACCAAAAGGAUCAAAUUAAGGCCAUUCCUAUAAUAAGGGAAUUUGAAGAUGUAUUCCCAGAAGAGUUACCAGGUUUACCACCUAGUCGAGAAAUAGAAUUUUGUAUAGAUCUAAUUCCUGGAGCUGAACCAAUAUCUAAAGCACCAUAUAGAAUGGCACCUGCGGAAUUAAAAGAACUCAAAAUACAAUUACAAGAAUUGUUAGAUAAGGGAUUUGAGUCUGAUAUACCCAAGACUGUUUUCCGAACAAGAUAUGGGCAUUAUGAAUUCGUUGUGAUGCCCUUUGGAUUAACAAAUGCCCCAGCAGCCUUCAUAGACUUGAUGAAUAGAAUUUUUAAGGACUAUCUUGAUAACUUCGUAAUCGUAUUUAUAGAUGAUAUUUUGGUCUAUUCCAAGUCUGAGGUAGAACAUGAAAAACAUCUUAGGGACGUCUUUUCCAUACUAAGGAAUGAAAAGUUAUAUGCCAAAUUCUCAAAGUGUGAGUUUUGGACGCGACAAGUCGCCUACCUAGGGCAUAUUGUAAAGUAAGAAGGAAUCUCAGUAGAUCCUGCUAAGACGGAAACAGUUAGCAAGUGGCCUCGCCCAACAACAGUCAGCAAAGUGCGAAGCUUCCUUGGAUUAAUAGGAUAUUAUAGACGAUAUGUGAAGAAUUUCUCAAGUAUAACAUUACCCUUAACUAACCUCACCAAGAAGAAUAAUCCUUUUGUCUGGAAUCAAGCAUGUGAGCAAAGCUUCCAGGAACUAAAAGAAAGGUUGACCACGACCCCUAUUCUCACUAUACCUGACGGAUCAGGGGGUUUAACUAUGUACAGUGACGUAUCGAAGAAAGGGCUUGGUUGUGUAUUAAUGCAACAUGGAAAGGUAAUAGCAUAUGCUUCAAGACAACUAAAACCUUAUGAACAAAAUUAUCCCGUUCAUGACUUGGAGUUAGCUGUCGUAGUCUUUGCUUUAAAGAUAUGGAGACAUUACUUAUAUGGGGAAAAGAUCCAAAUUUAUACAGAUCAUAAAAGCCUUAAGUACUUCUUUACUCAGAAAGAGUUAAAUAUGAGGCAACGAAGAUGGUUAGAAUUAGUUAAAGAUUAUGACUGUGAGAUCCUUUAUCACCCAGGAAAAAAAGCAAUGGGCACACAACUAAAUUUUAGCACAGCCUUCCACCCACAAACUGAUGGCCAAAUAGAACGAGUUAAUCAAAUCCUAGAAGACAUGUUGAGGGCAUGUGCUUUGGAUUUUACUGGAGCAUGUGAUUCGCAGAUACAUUUUAUAGAAUUUGCUUAUAAUAAUAGUUAUCAGGCGACAAUUGGUAUGGCUCCCUUCGAAGCCUUAUACGGAAAGAAAUGCAGAUCCCCUGUACACUAGGAUGAAGUCAGGGAGCGAACACUACUAGGACCUGAGUUGGUGCAGCAAACAUCAAAGUCAAUUAAGCUAAUUCGGAAAAAAAUGCGAACCGCUCAAAGCAGAUAGAAGAGUUAUGCUGAUAACCGUCGAAAAGAGUUGGAAUUCAAAGUAGGAGAUCAUGUAUUUCUAAAGGUAGCACCAAUGAAGGGCAUUAUGCGUUUCGGACGAUAAGGCAAACUUAGCCCCCGCUUUAU